GGAAUUGCAAAUGAGCUUGUGUUAUUAAUUAAUUGUUUUGCUUAAAGUUUUCUGAGUUAUUUUGAAAGAAAAAUUGUUUACAUUCUCUGUUGUUUUAUGUAACUUGGAUUUGAUAAUUGAUUGCUUUUUUGAUUAUGGAGAAUUAUGAAUAAUUUUACUCUAAAAUGAAUCAAAGGAAUGAAAGUAAUAAAGUAUUUACGGAAAUUAUUUUCACAAAAACGACAAGUAAAAGUGAGGCUAAAAAAAUUAAUGAAUUUUGGAAAUUGAUUGAUUCUCAGAAUGAUAUUAAACCAUUUGUGGUAGAGAAGAAAUUAAAGAAUCCGACAUCAUCUGAAAUUAAAGAUGAAACAUUAGCAUGUGAAAAAGAGAAAUGCGAUGAAAAUUUUCGUAAGGAUCGAUUAUUUAAAAUACUUGGAUUGGACAAAGUUCCUCCCUCUACAUCCAAAUAUAAAAAACCAUUUAAAAAAAAAUGGAAUUUUGGGAGUGACGAGUACAUUCUUCCUUCUUCGUUUCAACGUUUAUCAAUAGGACAUCAGGAUUGACGACGAGUCCUCAUCGUUUCUUCAAAAAGAUGAUUGUUUGAAUCAUUUGUGUAUCGUGGACUAUUUCUUCAAUUCAUUCCAGCUCCAGCUUUUAACUACUGCAGUGGUCUGAUGUACAAUCAUAAAGGAGAAGAGUCGGAAAGCAGGAAAAAAAUCCAGUCACUUUUUCGGAAGCUGAGUUCAAAAGUGAUCUUCAUUUCUUUAACGAUUGGUUUGGAAUGUUGGGUGACAUUUUCAGUGAACGUUUGUAAGUCCCUCUUGCUUCCAAUAUUAUUUUGGAGCUAAGUUGUAACAUAUUUUAAAAAAUUUUAUUUUAAAAAAAUGUGCGUAAGGAGAGACAAGUGCGUAAUCGGAUGUGUCUCACUGAGGAUGAGCGGGGUGGGGCUCUCCUUCGCGGGUUCGUGUAAGUGUAAGUGUUACGUGAUAUGUAUAUAGUGUAUAGUGAAGUUACGUGUUUUUUUUCUUUUUUUGUUACGUAUAAUUUUACUAAGGCCAAGAAGUUCCUUCACCAUCAUUUACAAUCAAAGAUAAGUAUUUAACACUGUUUUCACUCUUAUCGUUUCUUAAAAAAAUUUCUUUCUCCUUUAUCUUGGAUAUUUCAUUGUUUGCAACAUUUUUUUUGCCACCCCCUUUGGAUGGUGGCCAUUAAUUAAAAAUCAUUAAAAUUAAUAAUUAAAAUAAUUGAAAUUAAUAAUUAAAAUA